AUGAGUUGUCUGGAUGUGAUGUUUCACCAGAGUUAUGGAGCUCACUACCUCCCUGCGUCUUCAGCAGCAGCGACAGCAGCCUACAAAGCGGCAUACUAUCACCAUCAUCACCAGCAACAGGUGGGUGUCCAGACUAGACGAACCAACGCACUGCUCUGAAAUAGUAAUGGCGUAGUAUAUGUUUGCUUUUUAAUACUAGGCUAUUUUAGUGUUCCCAUAAUUUGCGCUUUUACGCACGAAUACAGUUCGUGAGCAAUGUUUUGGCGCGUCGCAGAUGUCAGUUCACAGCGAAGAGUCCUGGGUAUCACAGAACUCUAAAAGUUACCAGUUGAAAAGUUGAAGCGGUCAUUUCUCGUGGUGUAUUUAGUUAGAGCAGGUCAUGCAGAAUGACUCGGACUCCUCGUUCCAUCAGAAGGGUGAUGUAAUGAGAGCUCGUCACUGUCACUCAGGAAUGUUGAUGAUGAUGGUUCCAUUUGGAACCGCCGCGAGCAUUUGCAUUGUCGUCAUACUUUCACCAGAACACACGCUGAGAAACAUCCUACAACUUCUUGGAUAAACUUCGGUCUGUAAAGAUGAUUCGUUUUUCUUAAAAUAGAGGUCAUAGAGAAUUGAAGUAAUUAUACUGGCUAGUAUGACUUUUAACAAGGGCAUUGAUGUAUUUUGUUCAGUUGAUGUAUACACGUUGAAUCAUCUGGUUUGAUCGUUGUGUUGCUGAAUAGACAGACAGGCUGGUGCUCUCAUGGCUGAAUCUGUGGCAUACAUUUUUCGUACUUUAACCCUUUCUCUCUCUCCCUCUCCCUCUCGGUCUAUUUCUGUCUCUCUGUAGAAGAAGCUGGGUGUUUACAGUAGGAUGCAGCAGGACAGCACAGAGCAGCAGUGUCCAGGGGGGAGACAGCAACAGCAGCGUGGGGGUGGAGGGGGGAGGCUGGCUGGGGAGAAGGGGGUCCGACAAGGCCUGGAGGGUUCUGGGCUGGGGGGCUUUGGGGGCUCUUGGGGGUCUGGGAAGGACAGCCAGCCGGCUGAGGCAGAGUACCUGAGCUCCAGGUGUGUCCUGUUCACCUAUUUCCACGGCGACAUCGGGGAUGUGGUGGAUGAGCAUUUCUCCAGGGCUCUGAGCCAACCCAGCACCUUCACUGGAGAGACCAAGACCUCCAGGUGCCCCCCCAUACACACCUCUGCCUCGGCUGGACUGUGGAAAGGUAGGAAAACACAGGGACACUCGUACCAUUACUCAUAAUUUUAAUGUAAUCUGAAAACAGUGUUAUUCAAAUGGGUUCAUUAUCUUUUACUGUUACUUUUUAUCUAUAAUAAUAAAAAUGUAAUUGUGGAAAAACCUAGUGUACCUAAAAACCUUUUCCGAUAGAAAUUCUUCACUGGUAAUUAGUGCUGAGCGAUUAACCGAAAUAUAGGGUAUUUUUUGUUUUUUAAACCAACGUUGGUUCAUUUAUUAGAAUUCCAUUUCGUUCUGUUUUUUUCUGAGCUCAAUGCUCAGUUUCUUUAGAGAUAAAUCAGAUCAAGCCCGAACUGUGAGAUGUAGUUGGGGGUUGUAGUUUCCAACAGGACAAUAUUCUACAUAGUUAGUGCAGAAAACGUGGUAAUUAACUACAAUGACCAUAAUCCAGUCUGUGUGGAGACAGAGAAGAGAGAAGAACGCGUGAUCGAGAGGGUAAGAGAGCAGUUGCUUCGCGAGGUAUCUCUACCUGAGAAUACAUUAUCUAAGUCAGAGGUUCCCAAACUUUUUCACUCAGGCUCCCCUUCCAGUAUUGGGGAACAUCCCACCCCCCUGCGCGCCACCUCUAUUUCUAUGGGCACAAGCACUGUUCAUGACACAAACUGUUCACACCCCUCUUGUUGGCGGAGAGAACAUUUUGCAUGUUUAAAUCUUAUUUCCUGCUAUUCUACACAUUUUGUCAUGGGGUGCAGAGAAAACUUUGCAGUUUUAAAGCUAAUCUUCUUGCAAUUCUAUACAUUUUGCCAUGUCUAAUGUGCAUUAAUGUGAUAUUUGAGUGACUCGAACAUUACUACAAAAUCUAUGGGCUACAAAACCUAGCAAAAAAACUUGGGCUAGUUGAUCUGGACAUUUUUGACAAGUUAUAAAUAGCUCUCUAAGGUAUGCAAUGACUGACAUGACAAGAGGAAUACUGAUUGCACCUUGUGCAUUCUACUAUUACAGCUUUCAAGAGUAAGUUGAAAGCCGGACUGAGCCCCACAGUUUGGAAACCACUGAUUAAUAGUUGGUAUUCAGCAGUCAUAAAAUAUGCCUUAUUUACUUUGAAGAACUACUAAAAUUGUGAUUUUGUCAGAGAGCAUAGGCAGCAGCUCUAUAUAGAUGAGAUGAUGACUUGGAAUUAAAUAAAGUCAUCAAAUAACACAAAUGUAAUAUACACAAAAACUGAAAGCUUUUAUUAAAGUAAAGUAAUGUGAAUACAUGAUGAUUAAUAAGUGAUAAGCAGUAAUGGGCAGUCACUACCAUCAUGGUACUUUUAUUAAUUGUUUUAUUCUGUGUUAUAGCAUUCAACCCACAUAAUGCAUAGGGCAUUUGAACCAACCUCAAAAAGCACUAAUCGCUCAGCACUACUGGUAACCUUUAGGUUGUUUACAUGAAUGUCUGUGUAUCAUUUACUGACUAUAUCUAUUUUCUCUUUCAGAGGGCCAGUGUAGUUCUCUGUCCUCUUCUCUGUGGGGUGGUGGUUACCAGUCCCAGACCAGCCCCUGUCUGUCCAUUCACCCAGACUUCUCCCCCAGCCCUGCAGCCUUCCAUGCCCCAGACAUAGCUCUCUGGACAGGCCACGCUCUGCCCCAGCCCAGCCAACCUCCUCCAACCUCUCUCCCUGACCCCUGGGCCUACAGCCUCAGCCCCCAGACCUCCGCCAGCUACACCCACAUCCACGACGUCUACCCACACACACACCCUCACACACACAUGCACCCCCGGCACACACACCCAGUAUUACAUUCCCUCCCGUCCCAUGGCCCAGGCCUAGAACCCAGGUUCAGCACUCUGCUCCUGCCUGGUGUGAAGACUCAGAGCCCCCUAUCCCACAGCCCUGUGGGACACAGCACACACAGUACUACACACAGUACCACACACAUCAGCCAGAGCCCAGGGAUACACAGUGAUGUGAAGACAGAGGUGGAGCAGGCCAGCCCCAGCCCCCCCACCCUGACCCCCUCAGCCUGGCCCGCAGCUCUACACACACCCCUGGAUAUCUACGACUCAGGUAAGCCGCUGACCUGGAGCACACACACACACAUGCACUCUCUCUCUCACAUGUCUACGUGCAUGCUACGUUGUUGUUUUAUAUAAAAGUUGAUGUUAUGCUGUUCUCUUUCUCCAGGUCUGGAUCAGGACAAAGUGAAGGCUGUUUGGUUCUGA